CACACACACACACACACUCUCACAGCGCAGGCCGUCGGAGAAGGAGUGCGCUGACUCUCCAAACACACACACUUACACACAGUGAGAGCUCAGCAUCAUCAUCAUCACAAUCAUCAUCCUCCGCAUCAUCACUGACAGCAGCGCGAGCUCGGGAUCCUCAUACAAUGAAACGUGCGCGCGCAGAUUCAUGUUUUCUGCAGCUCCUGGUGAGCAGAAGUGUCUCUGGUUCUCUGUCAUGAUGUCUCGGUAUCAUCAGCGGUUUGAGCGUGAUUUCCGAGGCGUGUGGGAGCGAAGGGAGCAAUGCGGCUCCAACGGCAGCUGCGGCGGGACGGUUAACGGCUGCGUCUCCACCUCCGCCAACACCGCUAACAACCGACCCGGCCUCUUGCCUCUGCCUGUCAUCCCGUCACUGCUGCCAACGCCGGCCAGUUGCACCACCAGCACCGCCAGCAACGAAAUCACUUGCAAGAGAUUGAGCCUCACCUGCAGCACAUCCAGCACCAAGGUCUCUGGACACCCGACGGCAGACACGCAGGCUCAGGGCCAGGUCCUGGCUAAUAGCGUCCGGUGGGGACAAACACCCAUUAACCAGUCCACGCCCUGGGACACAGACGAACCGCCCGCAAAGCAGAUGAGGGAGAAAGAUAUCGCAGCUCCUCUAUGGCCUCCGCAAGUGUCUGCUACGGUCAGUCAGGCUGGCCUGUUGGCAAACACGUUCACCCUGCCGCAGCCUCCGGUGUACAGCCAGUGCGCCACCAUCCAAACGCCCAUCAUCGGUGUGACCCCGGCACUGCAGACUCCUCACCCGCAGUUACCCGCUCACUUCCAGCUCCCGCAGCAGCCUUCACAGCCCAUGUCCAGCAUGGUGCUCAACGUCCAGAGCCAAACGCUUGCGGUCGGCGGGCUUCCACCGAUGCCCAGCGUCUGCCAGGUGGCGCAUCCCGUUGGUAACGGUCACCUGACCCAUCCCAUGGUGCAAUCCGCCGCCCUGACCUGCUCCACGCUGCCCACAAAUGGACCUUUAGCAAACGGCCUGCAGGAAACGUGCAGUAACGGCCUGCAGAUGCUGAAAACGGUCGGGUUGGGGAAAUACGAAUUUACAGACCCCUGCCAUCCCAAAGAAAUGUUGAAGGAAUUGAACCAGCAGCGGAGAGAGAAAGAGUUUACAGACCUGAAAAUAAUUGUUGAAGGCAAAGAGUUUGAAGUCCAUCAAAAUGUUCUAGCUUCCUGCAGCUUGUAUUUCAAGGACAUGGUGAAAAGGUUAUCAGCAGAGAACAGAAGCGGAGAGAAGAUGCAGCUUUCGAUGAGCAACAUCAGUUCAGAUGUUCUGGAGCUUCUGCUGGAGUUCGUUUACACCGGAUCGCUCAUCAUCGACUCUGUGAACGCCAAAACCCUCCUGGAGGCGGCCAACAAGUUCCAGUUCAGCACUUUCUGCAAAGUCUGCAUCUCCUUUCUGGAGAAGCAGCUGACGGCGGCGAACUGUCUGGGUGUAUUGGCGAUGGCUGAAGCCAUGCAAUGCACUGAACUCCACAACAUGGCCAAAGCCUUCGCCCUGCAGAACUUUCCAGAUGUAGCGGGACAAGAGGAAAUUCUGAACGUCUCCAAAGAAGACCUAGUCAGCUACAUGUCCAACGACAGCCUGAACACCAAAGCAGAGGAGCUGGUGUACGAGACAGUCAUCAAGUGGAUUAAGAAAGAGCCCAGCAGCAGAGUCCAGCAUGUUUCGGAGCUGUUGGCGGUGGUUCGGCUACCGUUCAUUCAUCCUAGUUACCUUCUGAAUGUGGUGGACAACGAGGAGCUAAUCAAAUCCUCUGAGGCCUGCAGAGACCUGGUGAAUGAAGCUAAACGUUACCACAUGCUGCCACACGCACGCCAGGAGAUGCAGACGCCCAGAACCCGCCCGCGACUUUCUGCCGGUGUGGCGGAGGUGAUUGUGCUGGUGGGCGGUCGACAGGUGGUAGGGAUGAACCAUCGCUCUCUGACAGCCGUCACCUGCUUCAACCCUCAGAACAACAAGUGGUACCCGCUGGCCAGCCUCCCCUUCUACAACCGUGAGUUCUUCUCGGUGGUCUCGGCGGGGGAUAAUAUCUACCUGUCAGGAGGUGUGGAGUCUGGCGUGACGCUGGCAGACGUCUGGUGCUACAUGUCUCUGCUGGAUAACUGGAAUCUGGUGUCUCGGAUGACGGUCUCGCGCUGCAGACACAACAGUGUGGUUUACGAUGGCAAACUCUACGCCAUUGGAGGACUCGGAGCGGCUGGAAAUCUGGACAAUGUGGAGAGGUACGACACCAUCACUAACCAGUGGGAGAUGGUGGCUCCUUUGCCCAAACCGGUUCACUCAGCGGCGGCGACCGUCUGCGGAGGGAAGAUCUAUGUGUUUGGAGGAGUGAACGAGGCUGGACGCUCAGCUGGAGUUCUUCAAUCAUAUGUGCCUCAAACCAACGCCUGGAGCUUCAUUGAGUCGCCCAUGAUUGAUAACAAAUAUGCCCCGGCUGUGACUCUGAAUGGUUAUAUCUUCAUCCUGGGAGGAGCGUAUGCCAGAGCCACCACCAUCUACGACCCCGAGAAGGGAAACAUCAAAGCAGGACCCAACAUGAACCACUCCAGACAGUUCUGCAGUGCGGUGGUCCUGGACGGUAAGAUCUUCGCGAGCGGCGGCAUUGUGAGCAGCGAGGGCCCGGCGCUGGGAACCAUGGAGGCCUUGGACCCCUGUGCCAAUGUGUGGACGCUGCAGCAGAGCAUGCCAUGCCCGCUCUUUAGACACGGCUGCGUGGUUAUUAAGAAGUACAUUCAGAGCGGCUGACGCUGACACAGAGGAACACAACACGUCUCUGGCACACCGGACACCCACUUUUUUUCCCCACACGGGCCAGGAUUAGCAGUGCUGAUGCCGAGGCCUCGCUCACUUUCUGACACACACUGGGAAUGUAGAAGCUAAUCUUCCCUGCCGGCGCAAAACAGGCCUUCGUGUAAAAUAGUGCACCUGACAGAGCUGUCGUUCAUGUGUGUCGUGGCUCUAGCCUUAAUGCUCUGUGGCCAUGGGGAUUUUUACAUACAGUUGAAGUCAAUUUUUAGCCCUCUUUUUCAAAUAUUUCCCAAAUUAUGUUUAACAGAGCAGGGAAUUUUUCACAGUAUUUUCUAU